UCGAUACUCCUAUCAGUUGCGCGCGUGCACAGAAGGCGCCACCAUGAUUUUUGCACUUGGAUCCGCAACAAGGGCCGACCUGCCCCUGGCGCAGGCCUAGGUCACACAAAAAUACACAUAAGCUACUGAACUUCCGCAUCUGCUGUUCUGUAACUUCGAACACCAACUCCAACCGCGCGCGAGUCAAUUUCCACCCAAAAUGCCUGUCAUCGAAAUUAUUGUGAACAAGCCUCUUGAUGACAAGAAGGCCCUGUCAAAGAGCAUUACGGACCUGUUCGCGCAUGAAGUGCGGGUCCCUCCCGGCCAUGUCCACACGUUGAUCCUGGACAACCAGUACUUUGCCUUUGGCAAUGACGUGGACAAGACCGCCGUGUAUGUCAAGGUGCGCAGCAGCGCCCAGCAGAUUACGGCUGAGGCCCGGCGCACCCUGGUGGCGGAGCUCAUCCCUCUGCUCAUCACCGCCUUCCCAGACCUGGACGCCUACCGCGUCAACACCAUGUUUGAGGAGCUGCCCGUUGAGAAUAUCGCCGUCGGAGCGCACAUCGCCGUGUUCGGCGCGCCGCCCUCCACCAGCUCCGCACGCAACAGCCUGGGCGGCUUGUAAGGGGGCUCGGGCUCGCGUGUAGGGAGAAGCGUGUGCGUGUGCGGGCGCGGGCGCGGGUAUGUGUGUGUCGGGCUUUGUUCGCUAGGCUGGCUGGCUGGCUGGGCUGACGCAUGAGCUUGCUUGCGUUGCUGACUUUGCGGGUCGGUUGGCGGAGCUGUGGGUUGGAGACGGAGGAGAUGGGUGUGGUUGCGGGCGGCGGCGGUGGCGUGGGGGUGUUGGCGGCUUGGUUUCGCUGUUCGGGCGUUCGGGACGUAAUUGUGAGGGGCUGUGGGGCAUACAUCUAGGGGGUAGGGACGCGUAUGUUUGUUUCCCUCCCAACAGUUCUUUUGUCUAGCUUGCAUGAGCGAGGUAGACCCAGUCAGUAGCGUGCAACACAGGGCUGUGGGCGUAGGGUGGUCCAUGCGUCAGCAUUCGCGUUUGGGUGUGCACAGAAGUCGAGAAUACCACACGUGCGAAAGUCAUGGGGGCGGAAGAAGGGUUGGCCGGUGUCGGGCGAUGCAUGCGGCGCGCCUGGGGCGUGACUGGGUUGGCAUCAUGCGCAUUUGCAGGGGUGGUACGGUCGCAGUGAUGGCUGCACGCUGCGUGCAUCACAGUUUGGGGCUGAACCAGUCAGUGAACCAGUUGAAUGUGCCGGGACGGAACGCGAAAGGCUGAUUAGUGAUACCUCCCGGGCUUUAGAUACUUUCCGUAUGUUUGUCUGGGUUCGUCUUCACUGACGUUGGCUGGGCUCUUGGCUGGGCUGGGGGUUCGGGAACGCUGUGUGCGAUUACCGUGUGCGGUAUCUCGUGCUUUUGCCGCAUAUCUGGAGGUCAGCCGGGUGCAUCGAAGGACUGCGGUGAUUCCAGCCUGUGGCAAUUCUUGACGGGGUGUGGAGUUUAUUGCGUACCAGCAGAGCCCACUCGAUAACAGCCCAUUCUGUAAAAGGAUUUUACC